AUGACGGAUCUGCAUUUGGAUAAUUCAACGCCCACCACAGACUUCUCCCACGCCUUUCGAUCCAAGCAAUACCAGAUCACACAAGUUGCAAAACAUUUCAUGACACGAAAACAAUCCAUUGUGAAAGAGCUGGGGACUCUAGAAGCAUCGAUGAGCCGGAAACCAUUAACUCAUCACUUAGCGCCACAUGACGACAACCCGUCACUUCAGUCCUCAGAGGAAGACUUGCCCCCCUUUCCAGACCCAGAGAUAUCAUCCUGCAUACUAGAUGGCAAACCAGGAGCAAAGAUAGCCUACACGUACUACCCCGCCUCCGCCUCGAGACCUCACCGUCCCAACCCCUUCUCCAAAUCUCUCGUCGUCUUUCUCAACGGCAUGGUCCAGCCCCGCGCCUCCUGGGACGCCUCUCUGCAAAAAUUUCUCGAAAAGAGAAUAACAAACCGGCUCCCCUAUCCAGCACUCCUGACCUACGAUCGUUAUGGCCAGGGAGAUAGCGACCGCGAUCCCGACGACCCCUCCCAAGAAGGACCCUCCCAUGGCCACGAUGUACAGAGCGUCGUCCAUAGUCUCCGCCAAUUCACCCUCCAAAUCUGGAAAGAACACCUCGACAUUUCGAACCCCACUGAAUUCCCCUGCCUAAUAUUCGUAUGCAACAGCAUCGGGUGCGCGCUCGCACGUCUCUUCGCGCAAACCUACCCUGGCACAGUGCUAGGCCUCCUCUUCCUAGACAGCGUGAUUGCGAACACGGAUUUCGUGUCGAUAUGGCCCGACCCCGACGCCCCGACUUUCGAUAGCAACAUCUUACCUCCUGGGACGAAGAAGGAGGAUGUAAGGAGCGCGAGGAUUAACAUGGCGAAAAUGUUUCACCCGGAUGUGCCCAGCCGCGAAGGCCUCAGCCGACGCAACCUCGCCACUCUCCUGCCUCACGCUGACUCCCCAAAGCUAGAAGGAUAUCAUAGCGAAGGACCUUACAUGACGGUCGUGGGUCAUGACUGGGAAACGUUCGCCGACCAAACGGAGCAGGGGGCAUUGAAGGUGCCCAAACUUCUCACAAUGACAUAUGUGAAUCCUGUGUGGCAGCGGUAUAACGAGGGGUUAACGCGUAUUACGGAUGAGGGGAAGGCGAUUGGGCCGAUUGUGGCGGUGGGGAGCGGGCAUUUUGUGCAGGUUGAUAAGCCGGGGUUCGUGGCGGACGAGCUGGUGAGUUUGUUGGAUAGGGUCGUGAAUCAGGUGAAGCAGAUUCAUAUUAAGGAGUAUUAG